AUGGACCUGAACCCCGCGGCGGUCGGCUGCGCGCUCAGCCACGCGCUGCUGUGGGCUGCCAUCGCCGCACGGCGCCAGCGCUGUGUGCUCGUGGUGGAGGACGACUCGAUGUUCCCGCCCGACUUCCAUCAGCGCUACGAGGAGCGUGUGGGACAUGUGCCGCGGGACUGGGAGCUGCUCUACGUGAGUGGACUAGACACCGCAGGGCAGGCGCCGCUGCUUCGCGUCGCGGAGGGCGUGAGCCGCGUGCCACAAUUACACCGCACAACAAACUGCUACGUUGUUUCGCACCAAGGCGCACGACGAUUGCUGGAGUUGUGCCUGCCGAUGACCUACCAGCUGGACACAAUGAUGACAAUGCACACAAUACCUGAUGAUAAGGUUGAAGUGCCGCACGUGACGUCACCUGUCUGCUACACGCUGCAGCCACCGUUGGUGGUGCAGACGACACGGAUGGGCUCCGAUAUUCAGACCGGCAAUGGCAGAGAUGACGACGAGGAGGAGCAGGCGCGAUGCAGGGCGGCGGGAUGGAACACCGACAAUGUACCUCCGUAA